UGUGUGUGUGGCAGCGUAUAUGGCAGCAGCAGCAGCAUUCACAUUUUUCGUACACACUCGACAACGCGCGACUACGACUACGAUAUGACGAGAGAAGAGCCAAGCAACACUUUUGUAUUGUGUAUGGAGAGUUUUCAGUGAAUUUUGUUGUCGAAGGAAGCACGCAGUGCUGCGUUCUAAGUAUCAGUUUCGAAACAAGUCGCUGCUUGGCCACAUCGUUGUUUUCAUCAACUCAAAAAGUGCAGCGGGUGUUUUAGAGCGAUUCUCAAACAAAACCAAACAAAGCUGAAUGGAAAUUGAUCAACAUUGCUAAAAUAACAACAAAAAAUCCAUUUAAAAUUCCAUACAACACAAAUUAUUUAUGGUUGAAAUGAAAUGCUAAUUGUUCCCAGAAAAAAAACGCAAAACAAAAUCGAAUUUUGAUUAUAAAAAUGAACUCAUACGAAACAAUGACUAAAAUUGUGUGUUUUUAAUCAAAAAGUAAGAAAAAAAGGACAUCAUUUGAAUUGAGUUUGUCUUUUGUGACGCUUUACAACUUAUAUUGACUCUUUUUGUAUCAUAAAAAAAAGUGAAAAAAAAUCUCGCGUGUUUUUACAAGGAGAAAGAAAAACAGAAAACGUUUUCAAAAUUCGAUUUCGGUCCGUCGGCUGAGCAUCAGCUAAUAUAAAAAUUGAACAAUUCCCGAAAAACAUUUGCAAAAACAAUUGAAACCCACUCAUCGCGUGCACGGACCACUUGUUUAAACAAAGUGAAUCGAUUUUAAUUUUCUUUCUUCGAAAAAGUUUGAGUAGUUGUAAGAAGAAAGGAACUUUCGACAGCGACACGAGAAAAAAAGACACUUUUGCAAUCCAAAAAAAAAGAAACGGAAAUAUUUGGAAUAAAAAAAACACUUUCGGUCACAUUUGAAUCAACAUUUUUUAAAAAUGCACGCCAAGUUCACCAAGAUUCAAUGUACGACAUUGAUAUUGUGAAAGAGAAAGAGAAUACAGAGGUUGACCAAACUCAUACCAAACACCACAUUAAGAAGCGGAAUUGGAAGACUACCGUAUCUAAAGUCGAAUCGACGCUUUGUUCGCAACAACAACAGCCACAAAAUUUUGGUUGAACAUAGCGAGAAUUCACCCGACGAAUACAGAGCCAUCGUUCGAUCUCUUUUCUCUACACACACAAACACAACACCACACUCAAACGCAUCCAAACAACCAAAAUCGCCGUCAUCCAGUGGAACGGCUUCAACGCAUUCGUUAUUUAUGGAUAGCUGGACGGGUGACGCCCGACUGGCGAGAUACUUUCAAUAAGGUAAGUUUUUUUCUGUUUCAUUCUCACUUUGUUUUGGCCAAUGAAAUGAUCAUUUGAAUAACAAAAAUCUGCAAAUAUUGUUGCCCAUAAAAUCCUAUUUAUCAAAAGGAAUAAAUUAGUCGAAAAUGUUCCGCAUUAGCAAAAAAAAUAUAUAUUUAUACUAGGAAAUAAAGUAUAAAACAAGCGAAAAACAGCCAAAUCGACUCUUUUAAAACGGGAGAGGAAGAGAGAAAGACAGACAAAAUGCCACAUCAUCGCCGGUCGUGUCGUAAUCUACUUUAGCGAUUUCGACGAAGACAAGCGAUACCUAAAUCAACCGAAAAGACACACACACACAUACACUCAAGCACAUAACGCACUAAACGAGACGAUAGACGGCUGACACACAUCAAGAGAUAGAGAGUGAGAGAGACAGAGAGAUGGAAACGUUGAAUUAUGCCGUCAUGGAAGUAUUUUAAAUGUCAUAUGCAUUCGCGGGCGCUCUCUCUGUCUCUCGCUCUCUCUCUCACUCGCUGCAAACGCGCAAAAAACCGAUCGGAUAUCAUGAACAUGUAUCGAUUACUCUCUCGACUCACAACGCAAAAUUCGACAGAAUCAUGUGAAAUGUCCGACACUUGGAUUGAAUUUCUAUGUUUCAUAACAAGGGCUUGAAUGUUUUUGCUGCCAGAGAGAAAGAAAGGGAAAGAAGAAAAAUGAAUGGAACGUUUGAAAAAAUCAUUUCAAGUGAACAUCGUUAGAUGUCAAAUGCAAUCGUGAGUCAUGAUGCUGUUGGAAAAAAACGCGCCAAUACAAACGGAUCCGUGUUGUCGAACAAGAGCGAAAAGAAGCGGGCAUACACUGUAUGCAUUUCAAUUUGAUAGACAUAAAAAAUCCUUCUGAAAAACACAUACAAAAGCGAACGAAGAAAAAAAAACACCGAAAAAAUGCUUCAAAGUGGACGAGUACUUGCAUUCAAUGACUAUAAAAUGUUCGGCAUCAAUCUCAUCUCAAUGGAAUAAAAAAAACCAUUCAAUUCGAAUGCAUUGAUCCCACAUUUUCCAUGUCGAAUUAUUCAGUUUCGUUUAUUGCGUAAUUUGCUGUCAAUCAUUCGAUCGAUCAAUUUCAUUGCUUUAAUUGUGCUCUCAGCGUCGUCUAAACGCUCUGUUUACACAAUUCUUGCUUUUCCAACGCAUUCACUCACAUGCGCGUACAUUCGUCGAUGCAAAUUAGUAUUCCAGUCAAAGUAAAUGAAUCAAUGAUGAGCAUCACACAACACUGACUCACACACUCAUUUGACAUAUGCAAAGUUUUAGAUCGUAUCGAAACGACAUCCUCUGCAUUGUUUUAAUUUAGUGCGUAAGCCGCUUGUCGAGACUGAGUUCCGCCGAUUUUUGGAAUUGGUUUCGCUUGAGCGACUCUCCGAGCCCACAAAUGGCAAUACAGCGAAUUCGCCUGGAAACAGUAGGCAAUAAUGGCACAAGCACUAAAUUUGUAGUUGAAUAAAACAGAAGAAGUUGUCAGUAAUGUGUUUUCAGCGAUAACGCGAUAAAAUGACACACACCAUGCGCGCGCAUAAUCAUAAUUUCUUUUUUUUUACAACCGCUCGCUCGCUCGCACCAAAGGUCCAUAAUUAUCACCUUGUUGAUUUACCUGAAAGCCGUGAUCGCGCUGAUUCAAAGCGACUGAUAAAACAAGAAAAAUGUUAUUUUGCAGAAAAUGUCACACUUCAGAAGUUCGCAGUUGGACCGUAGCCAUUGCGGUCUCUCGCUCAUUUGCUCUUUUCCUCGCGAGAAAUGUGCACGCUUUUUUUCUUCUCUCGUUGCAUCUUAAAAGCAUGAAUUACAAAUGCAUACAAUCGUUCAUUCCGCGCUCAACAGUGAGCUGUUUGCGCAUAUACUUACUUGUAUAUUCAUUUUUGCCUUCAAAGUCAGUGUCAGGGAAUUUGAUACGCACAUUUACAUAACGCACCACAUUACAUCAAACAAAGUUGCGACUGCAUAAUAAUUCGUGGUAAAAAUAUUGUCGCUGACGUUUAUUUCUCGAUUCUUUCGGUUAUUCUGUGUCUCCUUCUCGCUCCGAGUGUGUCUGUGGUGGUGGUGGUGCAAAAUGCGCCAAGAGAAUGAGUAUGAAUCGUUGUAAGGAAGUCAGCAAGCGUGUCGCCUAUUGCAAAUUAGGUUCAUAUUUGCACUUGCUACUUCGCGACUACGACGAUUUGCAAAUAGAAAAUUGUCCGUUGUUGCUGCAUAGGCUUCAGUGUUUGUGCAUAAUUAUCAAUCGACGUUGCUAUUUUUCCUACUACUUCACCACGUCUUCGUGAGGUGGAUUAUUCUUCAAUGUUUGUCUAUAUGUUUGCUGUUCCGUUUUUCCACUGCUGUUGUUGUGCAUGAGAGACCGACUUGAUUUUUUAUAUUGUUGUUGUUGUUGUUCAGCCGACGGCGCGUGUACGCAUCGAGUGCGUACGUAAACCGAUUUUGGAUUUAUGAAUUAUGCGUGUGGAUUGAAAUACAGAACGGCGUAAAAUGCGUUCACAAGUUGAAGGUAAGCCUCGGGCAUUAGCAUUUUUGUUGCGUUUACUCCACGACGACAAUAUCGCCCGUCCAAGUUGAAGGUUGAAAUUACUAUUUGUAAUCGACGUUCAGUAUCAGGGUUGAUGAAUUCACUACACUCGCUGUAUAUGCAUUACGUAAGCGAAGAAAAAAAACAUUUAUAUUAUUGCCAUUUUCAAUUCAACACACAAUUUUUGCAAAUCUUUGGCGUUUCUCUUCGCUUUGAGAGUGGAAAAAAUUGUUGUAUUUACGAAAAGAGUACGAUUAUGAUCAUAACAAUUGUGAAGCGCUCUCGCUAAAUUGGCGCAACAACUGUGUGUUGAGCGAAAAAAGCACACACACACACACACCGAACGCUUAGAGUAGCGAGAUAAGAAUGCACAUAUAAUUGAUAUAAAUUGGUGAGCAUUUCGCAUAUUACGUGACUCUUGUAAUAGAAAAAUCACCGAACAAAUUGAAUUGGAACGGAAAAAUGGAGGAUCAAACACAACGCCAACGGGGAAUGAAACAGCAGCAACAACAUCGCAAUCCAUCAUAUGUUGAGUGUGUCAGUUUUGUGCGAAUGCACACAAUUAGGCCAAAGUACAACGCACAAUAUCAAGCGGUCACAGAAUGCUUACACCGACACACUGAAUUAGAGAUUGAGCGAGAGUAAGCAAGAGAAUGGAAGAGUGAAAUAGGACGAAACGGAGAGAAGAGAGAGAAAGGGACAGAGAGUGCAAAGCGAAUUGGAAAAGUGUAGAUUUCUUGUUGAAACGUCAAAGAAAUGCCGAAAAUAAAUUAUCUCUUGUUUGAAAAAAAAGAGCAAAUCGCACGAAAUUCCAAAUGCCAAGCGGACGCACACAAAAGUGAGUAGCGAAUGGAAGACACAAAGCGACAAAUGCAAAGAUCUCUCGAUCUCGUGCAUGUGUGCGAAAUGUGUGAUAACAAAACACACCAAUUCGCAGUGAUAUUGAAUAUAUCAAAGUCAUUUAGCAAAUUUGCAGAGCCUAAAAAUAACGUCUGCUCGAAGCAGGAAGCCAUCACAUAUUUUUCACCUCCGAAAUUAUUCAGUUUCCCCUAUCAUUAACGUCAAUCGGCUAUUAUUUGAUGAUCGUUUAAUAGAAAAACGAAGCGACGAGAUGAAAAAUUCCCACAUUUUUCCCCAUUCGCAUUCGAUUAACAUCCAAUCAAACGAAACAGUUUCUUUUUUUUUAAAACGAUAAGAAUUUAAAAAAAAGAAACAUUUUGCCAGUUUUUUUGCGAAUGCGAAACAGAAGACGAAAAAUAAAAACCAUAUGUCAUGAACAACCUUUUUUCACUCUUCCUCAUUUUAAAUGCGAAUGUUUGCAAGAGAGAGCAAGUGAGAGAGCGAGAGAAUGCGAUGAGAAAAAAAUAUAUAAAAUAUUAUUCGCAUUGCGAAUAACUGAGUAUUAUAUAAUGGAAACAAGUGUGCGUUGUGCACACAUCAAGUCAUCGAUGCGCACAGUUGUUGCUGCGGCGCUCACCCGCUCAUCAUGCAUAAAUCUAUAUAUACUUUUGGCUUGGUUCUAUGGUUGUAUACAGUUCUUUCCGAACGCACAUUUAAACGAACGCCGACAGCAGCAGCAGCAGCAGCAGCAGUAGAAGCAACAACAAUUAUCGCGAAUACUACGUCACAUGAACGAUCGUUUUUGCAAAAAUAAGUUUCAGAUCAUAUGUGCGUCAUGUGCGUGUACGUCGAGCGAAAAUUUGCGAAAAAGAAGAAUUCGCUAAUGAAUAAGCCGCGGCUACACGCACAAGAUAAUCGACCGUAGCUUUAACGUUUGUGCGAACACUGUGUAAUUUAUCAUUGAGUAUAUAUUUUAAGCACGAAAACAGCGAAAUGUCGAUGAUCGGAAGCUGACUGUGACAUUUCAACGUCAAUAUUUCAUUUGCCACAUUUUUUUCCGAUCAAGUCAAAUCAAUUUUGCCGACCGAAGAAAUGGUGUGCCAAAAAUGUUGUUGCGUUUUAAAUUCAUCAUCAAAUUUGCUAAUCACAGUAAUUUGGGUCAAAUUUGCUCUGUUUUGUCUCGCUCUCUUUCUUUCCAUCAAUUGAACUGGCUGCAGCGGAAAAAAUAGCAUACAAAAAAAUCGCUUCUCAACUAAUCCAAAUGCAUAGACGAACACCGAGAUAUAAAGCGAUGGCAAUUUAUCGCACACCCAUCGUUAAAAAUGACAAUCGCCAAUUUGUGCGCAUUCGCGUAUGUGCUGCAAAAAAUAACAUUUUUAUAGAUUAAUAUAUGUCAAGGUCAAAUUGCGUUGAUUCUCUUUCGCACUGUUUUCGUGACUCGGUUGAUUUUGUUAUUCUUGUUUUUGUUGCUUUCACAUAUUCACUGUCUUUUGUUCGUACCGUUUUGUGGCAUUUCAUUGUUUCGUUUUGCAUUUAUUCCAUACACACACAGAGUGAGUGAGAGAGUGCGCGAGCGCACACACAGUCGAUCGCAAAAUUGACAUUAUUCGACCGUUGAGUGUCGUCGCUGCCGUCGUCGUCGUUGUCGACAUUGUUGUUAUUUUUCACUUUCUGCACAUUGUUCGGUUCAUGCGUUUCGUUGCAAUAUUCAACAGAAAAUGAUGAUUUGCUUGUCUUUCGAUUAAAUUAUUGACAAAAUAUCGUUAUGCUGUUUUUUUCCUCUGCUUUUGAGUCAAUUUCUUCUUCUUUUUUUUCGGAUUCGUUCUCCGUGCGUUCUGUGUGUCUGAAAUAUAAACACCGGAUUCAUCCGGCGAAAGAAGAAAAGAACGCAAUGAAAAAAGAAGAAAAAAAGCACGCAAAAAAAGCAAAUUGACAGCGACAAAGAUAGCAUGUGCGAAAACACUCGACCUACAACAACAAUAUCAGCAGCCAAAAUUGUGUGUACACACGUUGCGCGAUCGGCUCGAGAAUGCGGUGAAGUGAGACGCACGAUGAUACAUACACGCAGAGACGCAUAUGUGUCGCUUGUUGCCGAAAUAUUCAUUUAUGUCAUGCAAUUUCAUUUUAUAAAUAAACAUUCAUCAGAUUCCUUUUUUUCGCUUGUUUGUUUCGUUUUUUCGUUUCGUUCGUUCGCUUCGUCUCAUAGUCGUUUGUUUGGUACGAGUGUUUUUGAUCUCGCGUCGUUCAGACCGCUUAACAUGUUUUGAGUUGACCCAUCGAAAAUGUUAUAUGAAGAACUUUGGAGUCGACGAUCGAUUAGCUCAGCCGCUUGUUCUCUCUGACCGCCAAAUGCAAACGAUCACUCACACACACUAUUCGUUCUUCGUCGUCCGGUUUCCCCCCCCCCCCCCCCCCCCCGGGAAUGCCGUUCGCACCAACAAAGACGUUGUUUACGACUUUGUUUUCCUUUUUUUCGGUGCUACAUUUUAGGCUUUCGGGUUAAAAACCGCAAUAUCUGAACCAAUAAUCAUUUUGCAACGAAAUAAAAGGAACAAAACAAAUGAUAAUUAUAUGCUUUGAUCACGGUAGUCAAUGGUUGGAAUCAACAAACAUGUGAUUUUUUUUCUCUACCUCUUCUUUUUCCUCUUCUUAUUCUUCGGAACUUUGCGAUAAAUGCGCUGUUCGCAUACGAUUCUCGGAAGGAUUCUUUUGGGAAAACGUUUGGGAAAAAACGAAAGGGGCUGAACAUUUCAAUUGGCAUCAGUCACACACACAUACCAGUCAAUGCGAUUUGUUAAUAGAGAGAAAAAAGAAUGUGACACAGGCGAACGAAAAAGGAAACAAUUCCAGAGCGUAAGAGCUAAUUAAACAUGCAAUUUAGACCGUGCUAUCGUUAUGGCUUCGAUACGAGACUUGAGAAUUGAGCUUGAUUCACAUACACAUUUGCACGCAAUUAGGUUAGGGAAAAAAAUGUGAAGCUCGCAUAUCGGUGUUUGUGUGUGUAGCCAUAAUAUGCGAUGACCUUGUUUCCCAAGCUAAUCGCUAUUUUUUCGCGACUCACUCUCUUUCUCGUACACACACACACGCGCGAACCACAUACACAAUUGCCCGUGCGAGUCUUUGUUCUAUGCGCCAAGUCAGAGUGAAAGAGAACGAGAGCGAGCGCGGCGCAUUUGAUUUGGUGUGUAUAUGCUGCUGCUGCUAUUGCUGCUGAUUUUUUCUUCCGACGGUUGGUAUGAUUGGAUGAAUGCGUAUUUUGCACACAAAAAAUUUCAAUCCGAGAACGAUGAAUGUUAAAUUAUUGAUGUGUAUGUGUGUGUGCCGUGCGACCAAUCGACUGAAAUCAAGAUCAACGAAAUUUCGGCCAUUUUAUAUAUCACACAUUGAUUUUGGUUUAUUUUUGUACCGUGCGCAAACAAUUUGGUACGCUGGAGCGCCUUCAAAUGAAAUCAAUUAGAAAGUAUUUGAUUGGUUUUCGAUAAAAAAAAAACAUUUAAAUGAAGAAGAAGGAGAAAAACGUUCGAAUAUUCCUGUCAAAAUUGACGAAUUAAUCUCGUUUUGCGCAGCAAAUGCACUGACGAUGCACGAUCGCAACUUGGAAAGAAAGAGCAAAAAACAAACGGCAAAUGAAAAAUCAAUAAAAAAAAAAUGGAAAUGAAUUUUAUUGCUGAAAAGAAAAGCCGGUUCUAAGUCAAAACUUGUUAGCGAUCCAAUCAAUCUUAUUUCACAUCGUAAAAAAAGCAGCAUUGGGCAUCAGUUACACACGAUGCCGUAGUGCAAAUAGAAAAAAAGUCGAUCGUGUUUUUUUCUCUCUCUCUCUUAUUUUUCUAUUAAUCCACGUAUGUCAUCCAAAGUCAUCUAAAUAUUCAUUUUCCUAUCUGCAGAUCGUAAAAAUCUGCACAACAAGACAAGACACGACAACAUCGGACUCCAAUCACGUACAAUUUCGAGCAAACUGAAGAGAGAGAAAAAACGGCGUGUAAAACGUUUGUACGGUGGGAGAGGGGGAGGAGAGUGUGUGUGUUCAUGGAAUGUCUAUGAAAAGAAAUACACAUCGAAUAUAUAUUGAAAACGGGUAGUUAUAAGCAUGACUGACUACAUGAUGAGAAUUAAAUCUAUCAGUUUCAUCGCAAACGCCUUUUAAUAAAUAAUAUGUGGCAGCUGAGCACAAGCCCUCUACAUUUAGUUGCAUUCCGCAUAUUUUACGUUUGAUUUCUCUUUCUCUCACUGUCCACAGUAUACGCCGGUUUGUUUUUUCUUCACUCGUUCAUGAUCACUUCGAAUGUGUCUUGCAGUAAUUAUUCCUUUUUCGUAGUGUUGCUCGGCGUGUGCAGUUUGUUUUUUUUCGUUCAUUCCUUGUGCUUGUCAUUUGGCAUGCGUGAGCGCUCGUGCUCACAAGAGAUGCGUUUCAGACACAGCGCUGGUGUUGUUGUUGCUGCUGCCGUUGCUGCAGUUCGAACGAAACAAAUUGGCAGCAACAUUGAAUUAAAUAAUAACGUUCGGAAAAAACAACAUUUUAAAUUAUAUUAUUGCCAUUUUAUUACAAAUGAUCGGUUAUCAGUUUUUCUGAGUGCGGUUUAAUUACUUUAAUUGAGAGCCUCGCAAAUCAUUCUCGCGACUGCGUUUUGCCGUUUCGUCACAGAAACGCGCGUGCACCGUCUCUUUCUUUUGCACUCUCUUUCGCUAUGGCGAUCACUUUUCUUUUUUGAAUUCGCCGGCCAAGUGAUAAUUUCCAACGAUAAAAGUAACUCGAUACGUUCAAAGGCAUGGGAUAUCAAUUUUGUUCCCCUUUUCAUGGAAUACGUUUAUUGGUGUCUAAUAUAGAUGCAAAUUUGAUAUGAAAAAAAAAACAGAAUUUAUGUGCCGGUUUUUUUUCGCCUGUUGUCGCUCGGGCUCAUAUCCGAUCGGAGAUUGGCACUUAACUUGAGAGUUGUUGCUUAUGAGACCAUAUUCGAUCUGAUGACUUGAACAAUACGAGAUCGUGAGUGCACACCAGCUCACAAUACCGCCUAAUUGAGUGAGUGGAUUGUGAAAGAAAGUUUUGUUUUUCGGUGUGCAUGGAAUUUGGAAUGAAUCUAAUCUCAAUUCAGCACACAAAAAAGGGGCAAAAGAAUUCCAAGCGUCUGAUAGUGUUUUGAUUGUAAAAUAUGGCCACUGGAAUAUUUUGCAAUAUUUUUCUCUGCAAUCAUAAAUCGUCCACCGUAUCUCGUGUGGGUGGUAAGUGCGCGUGCAAUAUAUUUACUUGUAUCAUGUGUGCGAUUCAUGUUAUUGCCUGUACAACCAAUUUUUUCCGUUGCUCUCACCCAACGGAUCUGCAUCGUAGAUUUACAUAUAUGUAAUAUUUAUAUAUAUCGAAUAGUCGUUUUACUUUAGUUUGAUACAUCUCGAACGGAACAGUCAGUUGUUCAAAGCCUCUCUCUCUCUCUCUCUCUCGCUCAGCGAGUAUGCUGUACUGUUCGACGGAAUUCCUUAUGAAAACAUCGAGAUCGAUUUCGUUGUACAUGCAUCAAUGACAAGAGUCAUCUUCAAUUCUGUCAUUGGGUCACUUGCAUUCUACACAUUUUUUUGCUAUUUCUUCUUCUUCUUCAUCAUCGAGUAUGCAUUUCACCGUUAUGUAAGUGUGUGAUUUGUAGCGAAAACAAAUUUAUGUAAUCAACAAAAUGAUGAAGAAAAAAAAUGUGUUGUGACGACGACGACGACAACAACGACGACGAAUGACUUCAUCAGAUCACUGCACAGAGAGGAACUGGGUGUCUUGUUCGCAUAUAUGAAUUCCUGCGAGAAAUUGUAUAUAGACGCAUAGAAAACGCAACAGCACGGAAUGAGAAGAAAAAACAGAGAGGAAGAGAGAGAGAGAGAGAGAAGAGAAGAAAAACCGUAUAAUCGAGAAACAGUGCGCAUAGUCUGUGUUUAUAGACGACGAUAUGAGAAUGAACGCCAAGAUUGUUUGCCAGAAAGAGACCGACAGCCAUGCAUAUAAAAGUGAUAUAAUGAGCGAAUAGCCUUGUACUUCUUAAUUGUCAAUGUCAGUGUCAAGUACGGAUCGGAACACAGAAAAAGAAUGAAAACCGCACAUAUAUUCAUACACAGGAAACAAUGUGUGCCGUUUUAUUGUGCAUGUUGUGUGCAUGUAGUGCAGGAAUGAGUGAGCGCGCGCGCGCGGCGUCACUGAGUACCGAUUAGAUUUGCAAUCGCAUUUCGCAUUUAUAAUAUUGGCCGCUCUUUUUCCUGUCUAGGCUUCGUUCGCUGUUCAGUGUUCUUUUUUUUGCUCAUUUUACUUCAUAUUCCCAUUUCAUUCUAUUUUGAUAUUAUUAUUUUUUUCGCUUCGUAGAAAAUUCUAUGCAUGCAUUCAUUGCGUUUUCUACACGUGAAUUCAUCUAUUCUCUCAUAAAUCGUACGAACCGAACCCACUUGUCCGUUUUUGCUAAACAGUCUCUGCAGAAAUUCACUUCAUUCCCCGCGAUCUCUCUCUCUCUCCCGCUUGAUUCUCAAAAGCAUUAAAUCAUGCCGAAAUCAAGUUGCCCAUAAAAAAUGUCGAGCAGCAAAAUAGCAUCGAACAUUUCGUUUAUUUCCUGUUAUACACUGUAUGCAAAAAUCAUACCAAGAAUGAAACUAUGAAUAAGUAGCUUACGUUGAGGAAUCCGGAGCGAAGGUGCACUUUAUGAUCAAGAAGCCAUUCGCAUGCGAAAAUGGAAUUUCUAUCUAAAUUUUAAUAACAAUAAAUUUGCGAUUAAAUGAGACGCACAGUUGUAGUUUAGUGGCUAUUAUCAACGCAUACGACGGUAGAAAAUUGUCGUGCUGUGCACAAGAUUAAUAAUAGCGAUACGGUUUACCGCAAUCAAAUAACCAUUUCAUGAUGUGCCAGCUCGACAGUGGAGAAGAAGCCAAAUGGCAAAUAGGUCUCGGGCCAUUCGUUUGUUCGUUCGUUUGCCUUGGCUCGCUCGUUGAAUGUGCAACAAACGCAUCCAUCAUAGAUUCAAAUAUAAAUUCACAAUUUUCACUUUGAAAUUCGAAAAAUUAUUUGCUCAAUUCACGCCAUGGAUCCGUAAAGGCGAAAAUGAGGCGAACAGAAAAUUAAUUUGUAUGCAGUGUUUUUUUCUUCUCUUCUUCUUCUUCUUUACAACGGCGCUCGUGCGCUGACUCGCUGGCUAGUGCAGUACAACUUGAAACUUCAUUUUUCGUGCGUUCGCAUUCAAAAGGUGAUUUAGACUUGAUUUAUGAUAUAAAUUAGCCAUUUUCGCGCAUUAUAUCGCCACAUUGGGUGCGUGCACAAAUCUAAAUCGAAAUCAGAACGAAACAAAUGCAAUGGGGCAUCGAAUGGCUACACGGUUAGACCAACGAUGGCUGAGUAUGUUGUGUAUACCGAUGCCGAGUAAAACACAAAAUAAAUCGAAUCAAAUGGAAUUAACGUAUUUGGAAUUGUAAUUGCAGUGCGCGACAACAGGCACGACACGAAAUGCCACACACAAACGACCGAUAUGCGAGAGAUAGAGCCAAGACACAGAGCGAGCAAGAGUAAUAGAGAGAGAGAGUGAGACUGAUCAUCAAAUGAGCAUUUGUAAUUCAUUCUUAUUGAAGCCAGUCAGCACGCCAAAUUGCCAACGAUUAUGCACCGCAUAAUAUAUAUGUAUAUAUCUCUGUCUGUGUGUGCAUAUAUAUGUAUAACCAAGUGGAUGUCAAUGGUGAUGCGCAAUUGUCCAAAACCAAAUCAAUUCGAGCCCAUGAGCUAUAGCUUUCUGUUCUGUAUGUGCUCGGUUUGUUUAUUUAAUGCACUCUAUACAUUCGCCACUCAACAAGGCACUCUAAUCGUAAAACUGGAUUGUAAAAUUGGCGACGCUUUUCUAAGGCCGCACAACACAACGCACAAAAUUAAACGAAACUUGAAGACACGGGAGAAAGAGAGUGAAAAAAAACACAUUCAAACUCAUCGUGAACAAAGAAAAUGGGCAACGCUUUAAGUUGUGUGUUCACGUCUUCAAGUGACAUAAGUCACAUUUUCGACAAAUAAAUUCAUUUGAAAUCGUGAUUUUCAGCGUUUGUAUCGUGUUUCGACCGAAGGGAAAAAAACACAUUGCCUAUGUGAUACUUCCUGCAACAAAACACAGCGCAGCACACAGAAAAAGCGUCGUGAAAUACAUUUUCUUGUCUAGGGAGCGAUCGUUUUCGUUCUUCUAUGCUCGUUUUCGACAUCCUACCUCAAUUGCUCAGUGUGCAUUCUCAUUUAGUGUGGCCCAAAGCGAGAUGCAAAAACACAUAGGGAGAGAGAGAGAGAGGGAGAGAGAGAGAGAGAGAGGAAAAAAAUGGGAAUGUUUCACGAAAUAAAAACAUGAAAAUCGACGAUAUGAAAACGGCUCUUGCUCACUACUCACUUCUGGCAACGAGAGAUAGUUUCGCGUAGAUUAGACAUCAUUUUUACCUGAGCAUGGAUGUACCUCAAUCGAGAUGACGGGGCAACGAUUAUAUUGGCCAUGUACUCUCAGCGCUUUCGUUAGAUGCCUGUUCGCAUUCGUUUCGCCAUGAAAAUUUAUACCGUUUUAAUCAAAUUAUGUAGCGAGUUCUCGUCGUUGUUCUUUUUUUCUCAUCUCUUUGCUUGAACAAUUCUUGUGGCGUUUUUAUUACUUGUACCUAAUGUGACAGCCAACAAGUACACUGCUGCAUCGGCCAGUUCGUUUCCAAUAAAACACAAUAAUUCUGUCAAAAGUUCUCCGUAGGACAGUUUUCGUUGUGCGUAAUUCAUUUUACAACAAAAAAAAAACGUCGCGCUGGCGAUGUCACGCGCACACACACACACACUGCAUCGGUAAUGUUCAUCAGGAAUCUGCACUUUAGGUUGGCUCUGGCUUAGCUCUUGAAGUGAAUGAAAAAGGCAACAACGACAAAAAAAACGCAUUGCGAAAAGUACAAAACAAUCGGUUUGGCGACAGUCGCGCGAUGGAAGAAGCGUCGCAAUCCACAUUGUGUGUGAGUGCUACGGCGAAACAAAACGUGUUUUUUGUUUGGUUGAUGAUGCUUUUUCUGGCCGCCGUUGUGCAUUAGAUACCAAAUAGACAUCGCUAUUAAUUUCUGUUAUGAAUCUAUCGUAGAGCGGCAAUAUAGUGCUGCGGUUGCACAACAGUUUGUUUGUACUGUGCACUUUUUUCGUCGUCGUCGUUGACGUCGUUGUCUUCUUCUACUUCACUGUUUGCCAUAUGCACGUUGUAUUUUCUGUUGGCAGUGAUCUGUUUUUUUGCACUAUGUGUGUGAGUCAGUUUGCCGGUGCACAAGAGUGCAACCAAAGAGGCAGACCUACACGCAGCAACACAGUUCCAAACGAGAAAAAGUGUGUGUGUGUGUGUGUACGAUAUGCGUUUGAAAAUAAAAACAUUUGUGCGAGCGCUCGCGAGCACACACACAACCAACUCCAACUGAUUUAUUCUUCUAUUUGGCAUGAAAACCAACAAUAUGCUCGAUUUAUGUACUUUAGCCAUAUUUACAAACAAAACACUUUUUUCCUCGUUGAUGCGAUGCAUUUGUGUACAUGGUCGCAGUGUGCUCGCCACGUCUUCGUUCCCAUGCGGACUCGCAAGGUGUGAGCGGGCGCAAAAAUGCACGACUUCUAUUUUUUUGUUCAUUGUCUACUGCUGCUUGCUGUUGCUGUUGUUGCGCGUUCGGCUGCAUUGCAAAAUCCCUUGUUAUUAUUGUAAUUUCCAUUUUAUGUGUGUGAAUAUUAGAUCAAAUCGGUACGAAGGAUGCGAAUGCUGAACGAAAAGAAAUAACAACAACAACAACAACAACAUCAACAUCGAAAAAGUGGCACACACAAUUGCACUGCGCAAAAGAUAAAUACUCAAUAGAUUUGUAUAUAUAAUAUUGCAUAAUGUAAUACAUUUUAUUCGUGUGUUCCUAUCUAUUUGCGUAAAUCUCUUAAUACUUCUUUUCUGACUGCGCACAUUUUUUUGUUGUUGUUGCUGUGAUUGUCUCUCUACCUCUAUUGCAAUAGAUAUCAAUCGAACGUUUUCGUUGUUGCGCGCGUAAAUUUUCCACAUUCGAUUCGAAUUGCAGCAUGUUUUUUUUUCAUUUCUUACUUAGUUUGAUCGCUUCAAAUUGUCUACAUAUUAUAUUGUUUUCGUUUGCCUUUUCCGCAUCGAACUGCCAUAUGUAAUUAACUCAUGAAGAUCAAGAUGUGGAAACAAAAUGCACUCUCUUUAUAUUUCAGAGUACUGCAUUGAGCUGUAUGAGUCAGACGCACCGUUAAAUUGCACACACGGGAUUGAAAGCGCUCGAUCUCGGGUAUUAAUGGAAAAUAUCUCGUCUUUCAACUGGAAAUUUGAUUUAUAAAAAAAUACACUCACACACACAUAAUUCAGAGCGCAGUAGAAAUAAGAUACGCAUUUCACCCCAAAGCAUUGCAAAUAUUUUAUAGUCUACAUUAUUAUUGUUGUUGAAGCUAUCAAAAAUGCACGGCAAAAUAUAUUGUAUCUCUCUUGAAUAUAUAUACAUCUUCUCUCCCGCUAGUCUUUGCCACAAUCACGCAUUACUCUUUGCCUGGUCAUAACACAUACACACACUUUCACACAGACACACGUGCAUCGAAACUGAUAUUAUAACCGCCGAGAGAAUAAAUUUAUAGAGAAAGAAAUAAUAAAAACAAAAAUUAUUGAAAUUCAUAACAAUUUGCUUUAUUGUGCUAAAACGUAAAACGUAAUUUAUUAUUGCGGCGAUAACAACACGUUUACACGUUUUGCGUACGAUUUUGCACUCGAAAACAUUUGCGUUGCGAGUGUGAAAAUUUGCAUCGCUUUUUGGUCAUAUCAAGAAAUAAAAAAAAAUGUGGUAUUCGAGCAAAGGCACGAACGCGGAACUGUUUCGCUUUUUUCUCUUUCCCGAAGACAUUUGCUUUUCUCUCCAAAGGAAUUUGGAUGAAUUUUGCUACUUUUGAAAUGGUUGUAAUGAAGUAAAUUUGAUGCAAUUUUAGAAUUUUUGCCAAAAAAAUUUGAUUCAAUCUCAGGCAUUAAAUCAAAAAACAGCGAUCUUUGCCAUAGAAAUUCCCUUAGACGUAAAAAUGAAACCCUUAAAUUGCUUUCCCAAUUCUCUUUGAAUCUCCCUUGAAAUAAUUUCAAUCAAAAAUGCAGACAAAUGCGUCGCUAAUUGCGCGAAAUGGCUUGUGCGAUAACGUCAGCCAGACAGCCCAAGUCCGAUGUAAUUCCUUCCUUGUUUCCAUUUCUUUUUCUUUUCCUUGGCUCAUAAAUUGAGCGGUGAAUAGCAGUAAAAUUGGAUAAAAAGCGAGCCAAUUUUUCGUUAUUAUCGUUACGAAGAACGAGUAUUUCGCCUCCUUUGGGGUAUUAUAUUCCGAGUCAAUCGCAAAAUCGUUUGUAAACGUACGAACGAUUGGCCGGAAGGUGAAAAACUCAAUUGUAAUAAAAAUCAUUUUGCUGCGAACUUCAAAAAAUAAAAUAAAAUAAGACAGAAACAAAAACGGUUAACGGCAAAUUCAACUAGUGUAUGAAAUGGCCAUUGAAGCCAGGAGCAGAAGAGAGAUAGAAAAAAAAGCGCGCACUACAAUUGUGAACAUAAAAAUGUGCGUACAUAACAUUUCUUCGUGUGCGCGGCCAGGCCAAUUUACAUGCCAGUUUAUGCGGCACAUUGGCCAAAGUAUAGAGUCUUUCUUCUACUUCUAUAUGCUUGAUUAUUGGUCGUUAUGCCAGCCGCACAAAGCAUAAAACCGAAAAAAAAUAUAUUUUUUUUUUAUUCAAAUUCAUUAAAAUUGAUAGAAAAAGGCAACAACAUUAUUUUCAAUUUAUUGGUGCAAGGCGGCUGUAAUCUACAUUUCGCCGUCGACGCGCGUUUAUAUCUCUCGCACCCAACAUUUUAAUAACAAAUCGAAAAUCGUGCAGCCAAACCGAUCGAACACCGUGUGCAUAUCGAACAGACAUAUGUGAAAUUGGCCGAACGGAGCGGGAUAGACAGUUAGAGAGGGGGAGCGGAAGAGUGAGCAAGAGAUAAUAGGAAAAAUGCAGGUAUCCAAACUGAUGUACACACACUUUAGAUAUCGAAGAUUCGAAUCGAUGGAAGCUUAAUCGGAACAGUUGUGUUUCAUGUACUUUCCAUAUAAGCCACACCGUACACUGCCAAAUGCGGAAUUCAAAAGGAGAGAAGCACAAAAAAUGCAACGCAUUUGAAUAUUACUAUUACCGCUUCUGAUGCUCCAUUGCAUCUUCUCGUUUGAUUCUUUGCGUUCGCUCUCCUGUUUGUUCAUACCACUAAUGAUUAUUAAUCUGUAGAUGAUUUUUUCACUGCCGCCACUCCUGCUGCUGCUGCUGCUGCUAGGCCUAGGCAUACGAACCGGUGAAGAGAAAUAUGGGCUCAAAAAUAGCAUUAUGCGUUUGUGUGUGUUUUUUUUGUGCGAUCGUCUGGCAAUUUUUAUAAAAUUCCUUCAAAGGCUGCUUCCAGCAAUCAUUUUCCACUUAUAACCAUUAUUAUUUGCAUGAAAGCUCAUUCACUCGCUCUCAAAUACAAAAUAAAAACAAAUGCAAAUUGCCAAUUGGCUUCAUUAUGCUCUCUCUCUCUCUCUCUUGCUUUGUGCUCACCAUUUUGAGAGUCGUCGUCGUGUUUUUUUCUGUUCGCUUCUUGUCGUGAACAUCGAUGUUGACAACAAAAUGCUUGCACAACAUGGAUUCGAUAGUGCGGCAAUAUUCCUGUGUAAAAAACAACGACCAGCGAAAAAAAAUGUGAAUGGGAACGAUGUACUUUUAUUGGAAAAACUCUUGUAAUUCUCUUUAUUUAAACAGGCGAGCAAACCCGAGGCAAUGAUCGGUUUUGCAAACGUCCAAUAAACACUUUGAUGUGUCAAACAAUGGAACAUCAAAGAUGUUCACACAUACACACGCAACAAAACGCAAUAUUCACCGAAUUAGUUCAAGCUCAAAUCUCGAUAAAAAGCGACGUUUCAAAGCAAUUUACACCCGUUCAAAAAAAAAACGGCUACCGAAAUAAAAACAAAGGAAGAAAAUCGAGGCGAACGAACGUCGGUAUUCAUGUUGAAGGUUUGCCAUGGCUUUGGCUUUGGCUUUGGCUUCACUGAAGCUUGUCUCACGCAUCAACGCCAAUUUCUUCUUUUCUUUUCUGUUCUUGCUGUUUUUUCUCUCACUCGGUUUCGAAGCAUUUCAUUGUCAUGGAUGCGAUUGAUGCACGAAUAGAAUAAGGUUUACGGCAUCGGUGUUGGCAUCGAAAUCCCGUUCAUUUGUAUGUGUGUGUGAUCAAAUACAAUUAAAUGAUUGGCACGGGUCCAUCCAUUUUAUUUAUAACAAGUUCAAGUGUUGAGCAGACGCGCAAUUGAAAGUUGUUGGCAACGGUUCUGAUGACACACCAAACACCACAAAGUGAGCCAGCGCAUCUGAGAGAGAAAUAUUUAUGUCUGUUUAAUUACAUUCAAUGUUUGAAUUUACAACAUAAACUAAAUUUGUUUAGCGAAGACGAAACAAAAAACAAACACAAAAAAGUGUCGUUGUGCGGCAAGCGAAAAAUCAAAACUGUACGUUAUUUUCCUGUUGAAUCCAUUGCCAACGAAAUACAAAGUAUGUUAGCAACUAAUAGAUGACACAAAUCGAGCACAUAAAUUAUAUUUCACACCGAAUUUGAAGGCAUGAAAAAUGUGUGUGAGAGUUUCAGUGGAAUCAAUAAAUUGACACAAAAUGCCGUCAAUUAUUCAGAUGCGCGUAAAAGAAGAGCACGAGAUCGUUCUCGUUGCAAGCGUCGACAUUGUCGUUGACGAUGAGGCGUGUGUGUGUGUGUGCGCGCGCUUCGAUCCACAUUUCAAAUGUGUGCAUAGAAAUUUCGAGUGAAUUGUUCAUUGGUUGCGCGUGCAACAGUUCUUGCUCGCUUCGUCGUCGUUUUUCUUCUUCGUUGUCGCAGCUCGGCGUUUUUUUUUGCUCGUGCACUUCAAUUCGCAGUAUUGAAGAAUAUGUAUGGUUUCACAAUGCACUCAAAUUAUAUGUAAAAUUGUGCACAAACAAACAUACGAUCAACGAAAAAAAAAACAGCACAGCAACAACAACGGUAUGUGUUAAAUGCAAAUCACUUCAGUGUCUUCCCUGCAAAUUGCCGCACUCGGUUUUGUUCUACCGAAAUGAUGAGCUGUAGCUCAAAAAAAAUCGAGUCUUUUCCGUGCCCUGGUUCGAUUUGGCAAUUGUGUGUAUGUUUGUAGUCGAUAUUUUUGUGGGUUUAUUUGUGCGCCACCUCACAUCUAUUUCCAAUUGACUUAUGCGGUCGCCGUCGUCGUCGUCGCCGCCGCCGCUGUCGCUAUUUAAUGUUUAUUACAAAAGAACUGCAAUGCUUACUGCAGCGUUUCGAUUCUUUGCUCUAGCACACUAAUUACAACCGUUGAAAUAACAACCACUUGCGGAUGCAAAGCCCAAACCAAUUCACCGACAUUUUUGUUGUUGUUGUUGUUGUUUGAGGCUUUGCGAUGUGCCAAUUUCGUUUAAGCAUCGGAAAUUCAGAGUGUAUGCAACAAAGCCUCCGUUCUCUCGGCUGGCUGUGCGAAACAAACAAACCGAACGGCCGAAGUGACGAGCGCAAGAACAAAAAGAAAAAUCGAACGCAAUAUGAACAGCAAGUUUUGAAUAUGCAACAAAAACGCAUUUUUCGGUAUAUUUUUAGAUGCUUAAUCAGAGAUGGGCAAUUGGCAUCGUUUAACGAUCGCAAAUUUAAACCGAGCCACUUUGAGAUUCAAAGUUUGAGUAUACACUACACAUCGUUCCCAGCUCUACGCGUCUAUUUUAGAUUUAAUGAUGUUCAUGCCCACCACUGUGUGCAACAACAACAUUGAAAAAGAGAGUCUAUUGAUUAAGCCGAAUGUGUGUGUGUAUAGUAUGUGCGAAGAGAGUGACUUAGUAUUUGCAAACGGUAUUUCAGUGUGUGCGUGCGUGUGUUCGAUAGAGUCGAUGUUUUUCCUAUCGUUUUGGCGCAUGCAUUACGCUUUGAUGUCUUUCGUUCGGCAUGUUUGCAUUGUUUGCCAGCCCAUAUUCAGUUGCGAUUUGACGGUCUAGGUUACUGCAGUUCUAGUUUUAAUUUCAUAACGGCCAGAGGUGACACAAUUUGUUCGGUUCGUUUUCAUUUCUUCUAUUUGUUUCGCAUCUCUCGCUAACAGCGAUCGAUCACCUUUUUUUCUUGUGUAUGUACGGUGCGUUUCAAGUAAAUUUGAUAUUUUGUAUCAGGUGCUUUUGUCCUUCGUCCACCUACAUUUUGCGCUACAUACAAAAUCAAUGGUGAUCAGCAUGACUAAUGUUUCCGGUGAUGUAAAAAAUGUGAUAAGUCAAAAUUCUCUCUGAAUGCCAUACAUACACAUUUUUUUCUUUUCUCGAUUCGAAAAUAAAAUGACAGCGAUGAAAAAUACAAAUGAAUUCAGUUUAAUUGACUUUGAUGAUUAGAAACGAAACCGUCACACAGUGAAGUGAUAUUAUAAAAUUUUUCGCCGUAGUCAUAAUCGUGUGCCGUUUGCUCUAUCAAUGUCACACAUUGCACGAAUAUGUGCACGCGCAUUUUUCUACCGCGUUUAAUGCAAUUCGAAACAAUAAAUAAAACGAAGCAGCGGCAGCGGUGACAGCAGCGACAAGAGAGAAUAGAACAGAGAAAUAAAAACUAAUAUGCACAACGGGAAAUCAAAUUGAAAAUAUAUGUCGUCAUUGCACGUCUAAAAACAAUAAUUGUGUGGCCAGUUGCGAGAGAGAGGGAAAAAACGUAAGUGCAGAGAGAAAAAAAAACGAUACACACAAAACAUACACAUAACAACAGAGAGAGAGGGAGGUAGCAAAGAGCGAGAGAAUUGAAUAUUAUCUAUUUGACGCGUGUAUAACACGCUAGUGUGCUUUGUUCUACUGACCGACACCGACAACAACGACGACGACGAAGCUUACGAUGCCAGUGUGCAAGCAAUGAUCCAUUCAUGCAGCCACACAUACACAUGCUAGGAAUAAUUUAUGAUACGCAAAAAGCUGCAAAUUGAGUGAAGUCGGAAAGAGAGAUAAGUAAUAGAGGAGAGAAAAAAUAAAUAGAACCAAAGCAACGAAAGAAGAAGAAAAAAAAUUCAUCAGUAAAACGCGCGCAAAAAUCCUUGAAAACGUAUUAGAAUAUCUAAUUUGCUGAUAUAUAUUUAUAACUGACAAAACCGAAGAAGCAAAAGGCAACAGCAGUGACGACAGUACAACAUCAGGGAAAGAACAUGAGUACGCGCUCGUUGAGUCGUGCGCACUAGCGCGCGUCUGUUUGAAUUGCAUGUGCGAAACUUUGGCGAAGCACGAGUGAGAGAGUGUAUUUGAGUGUAGGGCAAUAUGUGUAAAGUGUAAAGCGGUAGAGAGAGAGAGAUAGGAGUGAGGAGCGUAUCGUGUAUGUGCUGUUUAUGACGGGAUUAGUGCAUUAAAAAUGCAACUUUGUUACGACUGAAGAAUAUCAUUCUAUUGUUACGGUGCCCGACGCAUACCAAGACACACCGCAGAAUAAACAAAAGUUUUCACACAGUCAGUAAUAUAGGGUGCAGUGGCAACGACAGAGGGAGGGAGAGAGAGAGAGAGAGAAAAGAACACGCAAAUUCAAUCUACGACAGACUCAUCAGCGACAGCGUCAUUCGUACAAAACUCACAGUUGAAUAAUAUAGCGAAAAGCCAAAGUAACUCCAUAAACUUCGUGUGCAAUAUUUUUUUUUCUUUACUGCCUGCUCUGUACUCUCCUCGUGCUUCAUAAUUUACGGUAUUGGCCGCCCCGACAUCGCCUAACCGUAUCUUUAGUAGGAAACUCGUGUGUGUCGAGCAGCGAAAAAAAAUUGGCGGCAGCGGCAACACAUCCAAACGGCGAAAUAGAUUAAAAUUUAUCAUUUUGGAUGUAGUUUAUCUAUUUUUGCCGUUUGAUUUCAAUAUUUUUUUUUUCGUUCGUUCAUUCUUACGAGCGAUUGCUGUAUUGCAUUUUGUGCACACGCGACUGGAAAAAAAUCGCGUCAAUUUUUUUUCUCCUCCAACCGCAUUGCAUUCAUACAAAAUUUAUUUAAGUCGAUUUUAUGGCCGAUUGUUUUGCCAAGUGAAAAAUAGUUCUAGCGAUAAAAAGUGACACAAAUAAUGUGUUAGUUACACACACACACACAGAGAGAGAGAGAGAGAGAGAGAGAGAGAGUGAGAGAGAGAGAGAGAGCUAGUGUGUGCGUAUGUAUUGUGCAAGAGUGUGAGCUGAAGAGCGGUCUCUGGCUUUAAAUCCCGAAGAAAAAUAGAAGAAAACUCGCAACCCGUCAAAAUCCGCAACAAAACAUACACAGAGAGAGCGAGAGAAGAAGUCUCGUUGAGCCGACGCUCGUUGUUUUUUCUGUUCUCAGUCUCGUGCUCUCUACAUAUUCGUUCCAUUUCGGAUCGGUAUCACCAUAUCAAACGUCUACCGUGUUGUAUACAACAGCGUGAGCUGUCUCCGACAUGGGCAGUGAGCACACUGCUGAGCAUUACUGCUUGAGGUGGAACAAUCAUCAAUCCAACCUGUUAGGGGUGUUUAGUCAAUUAUUGCAGGACGAGAGUCUAGUGGAUGUUACAUUAGCUUGUUCAGAAGGUGCAUCAAUCAGAGCUCAUAAGGUGGUCCUCUCGGCCUGUUCAUCAUAUUUCCAGAGCCUAUUUUUGGACCACCCUUCACGGCAUCCAAUUGUGAUAUUAAAAGACGUACGAUUUGCUGAACUCCGAACACUAAUCGAAUUCAUGUACAAAGGUGAAGUAAAUGUACAAUACUGUCAGCUUUCUGCUCUGUUAAAAACAGCAGAAUCGUUGAAGGUAAAAGGUUUGGCCGAGAUGACUAACCAAAGCUCAGCAUUGAGAGAACCAGAACGAGAACAAGACCACUUAAGACCCCCAACAUCAAGUCCACAGCAUUUGAUGCCAGACACCCCUGCAACGACAACAACAAAUUCAAGUUCAAAACGAUUACGAUGCAGCCCGUCACCGCCACCACGACAUCAUCAUCAACAGCAACAGCAAUCGCCCCUACACCAAAUCCAACGAAUUUCGCCGAAUUCAGAACGCCACCACAGGAGCGGCGAAUCACCUCCCGUAUCCAAUUAUCCGCAUCCGCGUAAAAUAAACAGAGAACGAGAACGAGAUUACAAAUCGGAAACGGGCGCCGAUGAUCAUUCACAACCGCUUCAAUUGAAACGACUACCGCAUCGCGACGAUAAAAAACAAUCCGAUUAUCCGUCGUCAAUUGAUGAUCGCCGAUCACGAACACCCGACGAAGAUAUCGAUGAUAUGGACGAUGAAGAUGAUGCGAUGUCGAAUGAUCACGAAACGGGAAUAAACAUGACGAUAAACUCUAAUUCAUUGAAUUCUGUGCCACCGAUUCGAAAGAGCUCAUCACCAACAAUACCAUCAAACGUUAAUUCGUCGUCAAAUUUACCAUCUGAUAUACAUCCGCCUCCACCAAGCUCAUCUGCCUCCUCUUCGAUCACUUCAGCAAUGAUUCAAGUUGGGAAUGGAAAUGGUCCGACAACGGGAAACGGAACGUCCGGCAGUGGAAGUGCAACAACAACAUCAACGUGCACGUCAACAUCGAGCGGAUUGAUUGCAACCAGUAGUGGAAUAACUAGUCCAAUGUCUGAUCCAACACUUUCCACCGAGCCGAUAGCCGGCCCAUCUGGUUUGGGGCCCGUUCAAUCCGUGCCACUGUCGUUGAAAAAAGAAAUGGAUUGGGAUCGUUCGGACGAUAAAUCAACUGGUGAAUCGACAUCGGACUACAGACAUGCACAUGAUUCGAUCGAAGACAAUGACCUUCGGGCUAGCUUACCACCGGUCAUGCAUAUUUCAACUGGCUUGAACAAGAGCUUGAGUGCACCACCAACUCCACCGUUUGGCUAUCCGUUGUCCACUUUGGGUCUUGGUCUUUUUGAUGCUGAUCCGUCCAGAAUUCUGAGCAUUUUGCAUCAUCAAACCUUGUUAGCUGAAGAGGCAUUACGCUAUCGCGGCAUUUUGCCAUCACCAAAAGAAUCGAGCUCAACAUCACCGAAUCCAUUAUCAACGGCCUACUUUCGCAUGAAUCCAACAUUUGAUAUGCUGUUCAAAGGACAGGAACAGCUGCUGAAACAAGCAAACUCGUAUAAAAACUCAAACCGUUUUGCAUUCAAUGCUCAAGAUGCACGUCGUCAAUCGCUCAGUCGUCAGCAAUCGCCACAGAUCGAAAUUACAAUGACGAAGAAAAGUUCGCAGUCGCAGUCACCGUCACCAUCCAUGAAAAAACCUGAAGAAACCGUCCAAAACCUAAGCAUGUCAGUGAACGAUGAAGAUAUACCCGAUGAUGAUGAUGAAAUGACAGCUGCUGCGAAAAUUCCACUCGAUGAAAUACUCGGAAAAAACUCAUUUCUCAAAGAUUCACUGCGUUUUAAUUGCAAUGAGACGACUUCAUCGGACUGUUCAUCGAUUGAAGAAGAGACCAAGUGUGUUGUGUGUAAUGCAAACUUUCCAUCCGUUUGGCUGUUGGAACAACAUGCUGCUUUGCAGCACGCCAAUCUCGGUCCAAUGGAUGAAAAGCCAUUCAUUUGCGAACAGUGCGGUCAAUCGUAUCGGUAUAGAUCGGCUUACGUAAAGCAUCGUGAACAAAACCACCGAGCCCGUUUGCCAGCUGACAAACUGUUCACGUGCGACGUGUGUGGAAUGCAAUUCCGAUAUUUGAAAUCAUUUAAAAAGCAUCGCUUGAAUCACGCUCUUGAGCGCUUGCACGGCAAAUUCGAACGACGCUUCGGCCAAUCGCUUAGUGAUCGCAAGGAACGUGACACUCCUAGCGGAACCAGCAUUAAUGAGACCAACAACAAUGAAAUGGUCACCAGCUCAAACGAGCUAACGGAAGUAAUGACCGAUUUACAUUUCACAAUAAAAACCGAAGAAGAAGAUGACGACGAAGCAGACAAUGCUGCUCAUUCACCCAUUGUCAACAAUGACGAUCUGAACACACCAACCAAUCUAUCAAUGGCCAAUAGCAUCUUGAGCAAUGCAAUCAAGGCCAAAUUCGAUCAUUCGAAUAAGCAAACACACAUUCCAGAGAGACCAAUUUCUCGUGAAGAGAGCUUUACAUUAAAGCAACCAACGAGAUUCGUGCCGAAUCUUCAUAAUCCGAACUCAUCGUUGAAUUUACAUUUUCAACAACAGCCAUCGGUAGUGCCGCCACAACAACCAAUUCAUCAAUUGCAUCAUCUUCGUCACAACGAACCAGAAACCUCAACUGCAAUACCAUCUACCUCAACAAUAAAUAGUUUAAUAAAUGCUGAACGUAUUCCAAGUAAUCAGAUGCUCGGUUUAAAUGCACAAGAAGCUUCCAUUCUGAACUUCCUGCGUGUUGAUGCCGCCGAAAAGCAACGAGAUCGAAGUCGCUUUGCUUGUCCGUUCUGUGGAAAAUGUGUUCGAUCGAAGGAAAAUCUGAAGCUGCACGUACGAAAGCACACGGGCGAACGUCCAUUUGUGUGCCUAUUCUGUGGCAGAGCAUUUGGUGGGAAGUCAGAUUUGACACGGCAUUUGCGUAUACACACGGGCGAGAGGCCGUACCAUUGCGAAUCGUGUGGCAAAUGCUUUGCCCGUGCUGAUUAUUUAUCCAAGCAUCUUACGACGCAUGUUCAUAAUUCGACGCCACGCUGAAAUGAGGGGCGGAGGCGGCGAAUCCUCCAAAAUAGAUAAUGAUAUUCGUCAGAGACUUCACCUGCGUGAUGACCGAAUACCAGCAGCCAGUAAGUAAAUUACGGAUGGCCCAAUCUGGUUGCCAAUGGAUAUUCGCCUGAUAAGCAAAAUAAAGACAAGCUCACAUCGAACUAACGAACAAAGAAAAAAAAAUUAACAUGAAAAUUAAAAACAUUUAGUAAAAGAAGGAAAGUCACAGAGAGAGAAA